AACUCGCUCACAAUAUCAUGUUGAAAGUGUCGGAGGAUGGAAAAACAUCACCAGAAUUCCUUGACAUCUUAUAUUCGUUUGCAAAUGAAGAUAAUAACGAAAAAGAUUCAUUGAUAAGUAGAAGACCAGUAUGCCCUAGAUGUUGUCGUCCAGUGGCUGUAUGUUUGUGUCCAUAUUUACCAGAAAGUCCAGUGUCUAUAGAAACCAAUGUCUUUAUCCUACAACAUCCUCUUGAGGAAAGCAGAAACUUGGCCACAGUUCCAAUUUUAUGUGAAUGUUUACCCUCAGAAAAAGUACAAAUCAUCAAAGGAAAAAAAUUCUCACCUCGCAGACACCCAAAGGUAGCUGAAAUUCUUAAGAGUUCAAACACUCUCCUGUUGUUCCCUGACUCUGAGGCCGCUGACAUUGAAACUAUCCCCCCAGCACCAGAUGGCCAGCCAUACAACCUUGUUCUCUUAGAUGGUACUUGGGGGCAGGCCAAAGGCAUGUUCCUACAUAAUGAGGUGUUCUCAUGGCCAAAAAAGAUAAAACUGAAUCAUAGCUGUAAGAGUAAGUUUGUGAUUCGUACACAACCGAAUGACAUGUCACUAUCAACAUUAGAAUCAACAGCUAUAGCACUCGCAGCCUUGGAGAGAAAGCCAGAUAUUGUGGAUAUUCUGACACGUCCUUUGGAAGCACUUUGUGAUUUCCAAAUUCAACAUGGAGCCUGCAAACAUGACAGCAAAGUGUUCAAAAUAGAAAAUGGACUCUGGAAUAAGACUUUAAAAAAGAAAUACUUAAAAAAGCUAGAAAAGGAUGGCACAUUAGGAUCUCCACAAAUUCCAAAUUCUGAAGAACAGCCAUCUUGACAAUGACCACAGUUUAGAACAUAAUAUAAAAAUCAUUACAUGUAAUACACAUUUAUCACAAGUUACAGUUUAUGUACAAAUAUGCAAGGGACAUGCUGUUAUGUUCACAUGGCAGUAAGAGAACAAAUUGCAGAGUAAAUUUAGUUUUUCUUUCUUCUUUUCAGCAAUGAUUGAUUGUCUUCCAUGUAUCACAAUUCUGUAUUUCUAACUGAUUCUGAUAUAAAUACUGCAAGGUCUAUACCUUGCUUUGUGUGAGAUCUUAAUACAUGUAUCCUGUAAUGGCUCCUUAGACCUUAGACACUAAAUCAAGAGAAGAGGAAUUUCCAAUUGAACUGUUAGUCCUUAGUUUUUAAUUGUAUUUUGGCUAUAUAGAAAUAAGAGCUAGUAAUUCUAAUUCAUUUUAUAGGCUUCUUGCAAAAUUACAUGGUAUUAAAUUCUAUGCAUAUAAAUGUAUUUAGGAAUGUACAGUACACCUUAAAUAUUUCUGUUUCUGUGCAUUUUCAUGCCAAUAGAGUAAUCUGCCCUUUGGUUUGAAAUAAAAUUCAUUGAG